UGUUCUCUCCUGGUGUAACGGUGUGUUGGUACGAACCCAAGCGAUUAGCACACAAAAAUAUAUAACCACCGUACAUAGCAGUUUUUAAUACACAAAAAAUAAAAAAAAAAAAACAAAAUAAAUAAUAAUGUCGAGUAAACGUAAAAGUGCUGGACCAAAAAAAGGUGUCAAACCAAAGUCAAGAAAAGUUGAAUAUGAUGAUGAAGACAUAUCGAGUGAGCAUGAGUCUGAUUUGGAUGAUACUACUGCUGACGCCGGUUCAAAUGUUGAUGGUGAUGACGCCACCGAGGAAGAUCAAACUGAUGUAUCAGAAAUUCCAGAAUUACAUCCACCAGAGGGUGGUUGGGGUAAACCAGGUACAUUAAUUAUGUGUGGUUUAACAAAUUGGGAAAUGGCUGGACGUAAAGCACCACCAAAAGGUGUUAAAGCUAAUGUUGGAAAAAGUCUUUGGUUACCACAUACAUUUAAAAAUCUUAAUGGUGAAAAAGUACGUUUGGUUGCAUCUGGACCAGCUUCAUCACACAGCAUUAUUGUCACUGAGGACAAUAGAUGUUUGGCAUUUGGAAGAAAUGACAAAGGACAACUUGGUGUUGGUGAUACUGUUAGACGUGAUGAUCCAACUGAAAUUGAAGCAUUAAAAGGACAUACAAUAAUAGCAGCAUCAUGUGGACGUAAUCAUACAUUAUUUUUAACAAGUCGUGGUAUUGUAUAUGCAUGUGGUGAUAAUAAACUUGGUCAAUGUGGUGUUGGUAAAUCUGAUGUUAUGAUACCAACAGCAACAAAAGUUAAAUAUACUGGUGCACCAAUAAUAAAAGUUGGUUGUGGUGCUGAUUUUUCAAUAAUAUUGGAUAUUAAAGGUGGUUUACAUAGUUUUGGUACACCAGAAUAUGGUGUACUUGGUCAUAAUACUGAUGGUAAAUACUUUAUAACAUGUAAUAAAAUGGCAUUUCAUUUUGAAAAAGUACCAAAAAGAAUAGUAUUAUAUGUUGAACGUGCUAAAGAUGGUCAUAUAAUACCACUUGAUCGUGUUGAAAUAACUGAUUUUAGUUGUGGUUAUCAUCAUACUGUUGCUAUUGACAGUAAACAACGUGCAUUUUCAUGGGGUUUUGGUGGUUUUGGUAGACUUGGUCAUAAUGAACCACGUGAUGAACUUGUACCACGUUUAAUUAAAUUUCUUGAACCACCAAAUCGUGGAAUUAAAUCAAUUUUUUGUGGUUCAGCAUUUAGUAUUGCAAUUAAUGUACAUGGUACUGCAUUAAUGUUUGGACAAACAAAACGUACUGGUGAAGCAAAUAUGUAUCCAAAACCAAUACCAGAUUUAUCUGGUUGGGAAAUACGUUGUAUUGGAUGUUCAAAUACAAGUGUUGUUGUUGCUGCUGAUGAAUCAGUUAUUGCAUGGGGUGCAAGUCCAACAUUUGGUGAAUUGGGUUUUGGUGAAAUGAGAAAAUCAUCAACAACACCAAUGGAAGUCAAGGCACUUGAGGGUCUCUACAUAACAGCUGUAACAUGUGGAUUAUCUCAUACACUUAUGAUUUGUCGUGAUGAAUCAGAUGAAGAAAAAGCCAAGAUUGAUAAACUUGGUGUAUACUCUGUGUAAACUUUUAAUACUGAGGUAUUUUUUUUUUUUUUUUUUUUUACUAUUAUUAUUAUUAUUAUUUUAUUCUUCCUCUCGCAUGGUUUUUUUUAAUAUAACUUAAAAACUCAUCAAACAUACGGCCUCAUUAUUAUCAUUGUUUUUAAACUCAUUAAUUAAAUUAAUAUAGCAUUUUCAAUAGCAUGGUCUCAUAAUUACUACUACUA